AUGACAGACCCAGCCUUCCAAAUCAACACCCCCCGCCUAACCCUGUCCUACCUCCAACCCUCCAACGACACACACUGCGACUUCCUCGUCGCGCUGUACAACUCGCCCGAGUUCAUCGCCUCGUGCGGCGGGUCGCCGACACACAUCACGAGCCGCGAUGCCGCACGCGCGCUGCUGGCCGGCCGCUUCCGCGCCGAGCACGCGCGCAACGGCUACGGGACGUUGCUCGUCAGUUUGAAGACUGUGCCCUCUGAUAAUGGGGAUGUUGAUGGAAAUGGAAUCCCAAUUGGCACCGUGGCGCUGAUGCGCGGCGAGGAGCCGGACCGCUACGGCGCGCCGGACUUGGGGUUCGCGGUCCUGCCGGGGUACAUGCGCAAGGGGUAUGCGACGGAAGCGGCGCGCGGGCUGCUAGACUUUGUGGCGGAGCGGAUGGGGGUUGUGGAGGUUUUUGGGUUCUUUGACCCGGCGAAUACCGUGUCGGGGAAGGUGUUUCGCAGGCUGGGGUUUGGGGACCGUGGGACGAGGGCGUUGAGGGUUUUCGGUGGUGCGAUUAGCUGCGUGUGGACUGCGCCGGGCAUGGCGGAGGAUCUGGGUGUUUACGGGCUGUGA